AUGGAGACAUCCGAGAAGAUCAACUUUGAAGUGGCCGAGUUGGACCUCGAAAACCGCUCAAGAGCGUUGAGCGAAUGGAUGAGUGGCCAGACGCAUUUGUCUGUUGUUUCAGCUGAGCGCGAGGUUGUUGUGCAUAUCUUGCUCUCCUUGGGCGUCAGCGUGUACCAGCUGCUUGGCAGCCGCAAGGCUCUGUGCACACUCGAAUUCCUCGAGAACUGGAUCGACGAGCCCGAAGCCGAGAUGCUGAUGUGUUUCUCAGUUGUGCUCCGCGGCCUGGGCAGGAUCCACGUUGACUGGCUAUGUCGUUACCUGCGGGACGUGAAUCUGACCUUCACCACGCAGACGUCGCUGGCCGUGACGCUGCUCAGAGAGAUUGUCAAGAGCAGCAGCCACUUUUCCCUAAUAGGCGGCGGCUCAUUCUCUGUUCCGGAGUCCGUUGGUGUACUUGCUCGUCACGCUGCGCGCCUGCGCGCAUCACCGUCCGCGCAGUGCACAACACAUGGCGACGAGUAUGGGAUCGACGCAAGUGGCUUCCCGGGACCACGGUGGAUGCUGACAACAAGCGGGCCAGGCAACCAGGCCAGGGCGGCGGAACCUCGAGGAAACGGCAACAUCUCAAAGAUCUGCAAGAUGGGACCACGGAGUGGCCGCCUACAAGAGUCGGCUGCGUGCCUGGUCCGCAGCUGUCCCAGCUUGUGCCUGUCGGUCAACCAGCUCUUCUCCAACGUUCGCUGCGUGCGGAGCAUCUUGGGCCAUCACCCGGUGGACCUCGACAGGUCAUGCACGGCCAGCGCAGCCGAUGGCUGCUGCCAGCUUGCGGAGCUGUCCGUAUGCAACAACUUCCUGUGGGUCAUCACCAUCAUCAAGCUACGCGAAGGACGGCUGGGCCCGGCUUGCCUGCGCGAACCCGUGGUUCCUUUGGCCUUCAACAUGCGGCGCAGGCACACGUUCCUUCUGGUUCGUUGGCGGCUGAAGGAGCACCGCUCCAUCGAGUUCCUGGAGCUGCUGGAGUCACGGAUGUCACCAAAGCAGUUCCAGUUACUGGACGGGGCGGAGCUUAGCGAACACCUGAGGCACGCCAGGCUCUGAUACCACCUGUUGGGCUACCCGACCAGGGACCUGAUGGACUCACUCCGCUCCACAGUGACCACGCUCGACACGAUGGAGAUUGUGAGCGUGGGCUUCUCGAGUGUAGGCGUCAGCGUGCUGUACGAGCUGUUGGACACGUGCGACGCCAUGCACACGCUCGUAUUACUUGUGAAGUGCAUCGACGUGCCCGUGGCUCAGGCCUAGAUGCGAUAAUGCGCCGUGCUACGCGGCUGCGCCAGAUCCAUGUCGCCGAGCUGUUCCCGACGAAUCACUCUCGCUUCGUGCUGGCCGACCUGGUGUCCUGUUCGACAGUCAUCGCGGAGCUAAUCUUCAGCGGCUGUGCGACAGGCACGUGCAGGACGCUGCACGGUCUCGCAGCGUUUUUCGUCGUCGUCGCCAGUCGGCGCACGACACUGGAGACAUCCGAGAAGAUCAACUUUGAAGUGGCCGAGUUGGACCUUGAAAACGGCUCCAUAGCGUUGAGCGAAUCGAUGAGUGGCCAGACGCAUUUGUCUGUUGUUUCAGCUCAGCGCGAGGUUGUUGUGCAUGUCAGUGUAUAUUAAAGAGCUUUCGUUAGCUAUUUUGGCCACUUUGGA